UGGAAAGUUUGCAUGGUGAAAGCAGGAAGUCAAGAACAGCGUUCAUGUUUAUGUUUGCCUUUUGCCACUUCUGUGAAAGACUCCUUCGCCAUGAGGGUGACAGCUGGAUGGACACCUCCCCCCCUGUGGUGACACUCUGAUUGACUCCAGUGGGAUGUCCUACCGGUCUGCUGGUCUCCCCCAGGACUCUGGAGGCACUGCCAGCACCAUGGAGCAACAAACCACUUCAUCAGGCCCUGGGGACAAAAUGGGUGCCAAGGCAUCGCUGGAGGUUCAGGGACCCAGCUCUGCACUGGUUCCCUCUCCAACUCUGGAGAACAUUCGGUCAGCAUAUGAGGACAGAGAUGGGGAGGCUGCCAGAGAGCUGAUCCAGCAAGCCUGCUGCAUAGAGUGCAGUGCAGGGAUGCCCCGCAUCGAUGGGGUCCGUCUCCUGUGUGUGGCUGCUGAGCAUGGUGAUCUGCAGAGUGUGUGUUACCUCCUGAAGGAAGCCCGUAUUGCUGUACCCCAGGAGCCAUCUAACAGCAACCCAGCCAUAGUGGCAGCAUACUAUGGCCACACCAGCUUGGUCAAAGAGCUGCUGGAUUCUGUACCUGGUCCAUGUCUGAGGAGGGACUUGCUAAACUGGAUGCUGGCCACAUCUUGCCAGGAGGGUCACCUGGAUGUGGUCCGGCUGUUGGUCCACAGCUACGAUGCAGAUGCCAAGGACUGUGCCAUCCACAGCGAUGAGUUUGCUGUCAUCACUGGGCUGCCACUGUACGCAGCUGCACGAGCAGAUAAUGAGGAGAUAGCUCGCUUUCUGCUGCAGAACGGAGCAGGAUUCUCCUCAUACACCCUGAUGGACCACCCAGCAUUCAGCAAACACCUCCUCAGACUCAAACUACAGAAAACCUCCAAUGCAGACGGAGAGGAGGCUGUCUCUGUGUACUGGAGUGGUCUGCAGCUGCCCUGGCUGGAGCUGGAUUGGUUCAUGGAUGUCUCGUCACACAUCACCCACCUGGAUCUGUCAUCUAACAGCCUGUCUGCUCUGCCCUCCAUGGUGCCCUGGGGUCUUAUCCACCUGCGCACUAUCGAUCUUUCUAACAAUCUGCUGAAAGAUCUGCCAGCUGCCCCCAGCUCCCAGGAGGUCAUCUGCUCCAGUUUACAGCAGAUCAAUCUCUCCCAGAACCAGCUCACCAGGUUGCCACCUGGACUACUCCAUCUGACCCACAUUCAGAGACUUUCUGCUGCUAAGAACCAGCUCACAGUCCUGUUUGACAUCCCUGCCACUACUAACUGGAUUGGACUUCGUAAGCUUGAGGAGCUAGAUGUGUCUGAUAACUGUCUGAGCAGUCUGCCUCCAGCAGUCAUGCACUGUCUGAAAUCCCUGAGAAUGCUGAACGUGUGCAGGAACUCACUCAGCACCUUUCCUGACCCCUGGGUUUGUCCACUGAGACAAUGCAGAGCUUCCUCCAAUAAGAUCGAGAGUCUUCCAAAUGCCAUCUCCAUCUUCUGGAAGACCCAGCUGCAGGAGGUGGACUUCUCUGACAACCGUCUGACAGAUUUGCCCUCAUACGUCUUUGAACUCGAGGCUCUGGUCUCGUUGAGAUUGUGCGGGAAUCAGAUUGUCACACUCCCAGCCCCCAGUAAGUGGAAAUGCUCUCAGCUCAGGACCCUCGAUCUUUCCAGGAACCAGCUGGGCAAAACAGAGGAGGUACCCAAAUCCAGGAGGCUGGCCUUUCUGACUACAUGGAGCAGGAGGGACCCGGACCCAGUGUGUUCCAUAGAGUUUCCCAUGGUUCUGCGGGAUUCACUGGAAGUGCUUUACUUGAAUGACAACCAGCUGGAGUGUGUUCCCCAAUCAGUGUGUGGUCUGCACAGCCUCACUGAGCUCUACCUCUCCAAUAAUCCUGGAAUCCGGGAGCUUCCAGCAGAGCUCGGUCAACUGUCCAACCUGUGGCAGCUGGACACUGAGGACCUCAACAUCACUAAUGUCCCCCAGGAAGUAAGAAAAGAAGGUCCUGCAUCAGUCCUGGCUUUUCUCCGGGCACACCUUCGAAAGGCAGAGCCUUAUAAACUGCUGAAGAUGCUUGUGAUUGGUCCGCCAAGACAGGGGAAGACAGUCCUUCUAGAGGCUCUACAGUCUGGCAGGGCGGCCCCCUUCACCCCAGCAGAAUGCAGCAUCUCCACCUCCACCUGGGACCUGGACAAACCCAACGGAGGCAAAAACAGCAAGGAUUCAGUGGCUUUCAACGUGUGGGACAUUGGUGGUCAAGCAAGCAUGUCCACAGUCAACCAGUGUUUCUUCACUGAUAAGGCCCUGUACGUGGUGAUCUGGAACCUGGCUCUGGGAGAGGAGGCUGUGGCCAACCUGCAGACAUGGCUGCUCAACAUAGAGGCUCGAGCUCCCAACUCUGCUGUGGUGGUUGUGGGAACACAUUUGGAUUUGAUUGACACCAAGUUUCGUACUGAGAGACUGGCCACACUAAGAGCUUAUGUUCUGGCUCUUUGCCGAUCCCCGUCAGGAGCUCGAGCCACUGGUUACCCUGACAUCACCUGGAAACACCUACAUGAAGUGUCCUGCAAGACGCUGGAGGGCUUGGAGGGGCUGAAGAAGCUGAUAUACCAGGUGGCUCUCUCCAUGAGAGACAGCAGCAGCUCAGCCUGUGGCAGCAGACUUCUGGGCAGACUGAUCCCCAGGAGCUACCUGACACUUCAGGAAGCAGUGUUAGCAGAGAAGCAGAGGCGAGAUGCUGAGGGAGAGGUCCAAUACCUAACUGAAGCCCAGCUGGACUGCAUCAUUGGACAGAACCCAGGAAGUGACAUCAGAGACUAUGAGGACCUACAAACUGCCAUCAGCUUCUUGAUAGAGACAGGGACCAUGCUGCACUUCCCUGACACCAGCCAUGGCCUGUGUACCCUCUACUUCCUGUGUCCUGUGUGGCUGUCAGAAUGCCUGGAGAGGAUAAUGCACCUCAAGUCCUCUCGCCUUGUAGCCAGAAAUGGAGUGAUCCGAACGGAAGACCUCAGGAUGCUGUUGGUGGGAACAGGGUUCACCGAGCAGACAGAAGAACAGUAUUUCCAAUUUCUAGCCAAGUUUGAGAUUGCUCUUCCUGUGGCCAACAACAGCUACCUGCUGCCCCACCUCCUUCCUCCCAAGCCAGCCAUGGACAUCCACGGCUUCCGCCAGCAGACCAACAACACCCUACAGCGCCUUGUCCAGAUGAGCUUUGUUCCUGCUGGGUUUUGGGAGCGCUUUAUUGCUAGGAUGCUCAUCAGCCUCAAAGAGAUGGACCUGCAGUCAUUUGAGCCCAAAAGAAACACCAGGAGCCAGCGCAGCAGGACCUCUGUGAUAUACAGCUUUGCUGGAACCCAGCCAAGGAACCGUUGCAGCACCUUCAGAGUACGACGUAGCCAGACCAUAUACUGGAAGGAGGGGCUUCUGGUCACUUUUGAUGGAGGGUACCUCAGUGUGGAGUCGUCAGAUAUCAACUGGAAGAGGAAGAAGAGUGGAGGCAUAAAGAUCAUCUGCCAAUCAGACAUUAGAGAUUUUUCUGCCAUGGCCUUCAUCACAGACAAUGUCAACUCUCUGAUUGAGCAGUGGUUCCCUGCUCUGACAGCCAGUGAAAGUGAUGGGAGUCUCCUCAUAGAGCAGUACGCCCCCUGUCCCCUCUGUGCCUCACUGGACCAACAGAAGCAGGUUGACCUCGGAGCCCCGAAGGUGUCAGAGAAAGUGUCACACAGAGGAGAUGGUGCAGUUCAUUACUUUAACAUGGAGGACUGUGUGCUGGCUGCUGUGGAGGAGGAGCACAUCAUCUGCCCUCAGCACCCUGAGCAGCCAGUCAGCCUCCAGGAGCUGGUCCCUGAACUCUUCAUGACUGACUUCCCUGCACGGCUCUUUUUGGAGAGGUCCCAGCUGGAGUACACUGAGGAGGACGAUAACAUCCUUGGCCAGGGUGGCAGUGGGACCAUCAUCUACCGAGCCCGGUACCGUGGCCAGCCGGUAGCCAUCAAACGCUUCCAUUUCAAGAAGUGUCGACAGCAGAACAUCAGCAUUGACACAGACACUAUGGUGAAACACCUGCAGUCUGCAGACGCCUGUCGGAGCUUCUCUGAAUUUCGCCAGGAGGCCAGCAUGUUGCACUCUCUGCAGCACCCCUGCAUAGUGUCUCUGGUUGGCAUCAGCAUCCAUCCCCUCUGCUUUGCCCUGCAGUUAGCCCCUCUGGGCAGCCUCAACACUGUGCUGGAGGGGAAGCACAAAGACAAAGGCUCCGGGUACAUGCCCCUCGGUCACAUGCUAACUUUCAAAGUAGCCUAUCAAAUUGCAGCAGGACUGGCUUACCUUCACAGGAAGAGCAUCAUCUUCUGUGACCUCAAAUCUGACAACAUCCUGGUGUGGUCUUUGGAGGAGCAGGAUCCUGUAAACAUCAAACUGUCUGACUAUGGCAUUUCCCGACAAACCUUCCAUGAGGGGGCGUUGGGGGUUGAGGGCACCCCGGGUUACCAGGCUCCUGAGAUCCGUCCAGGCAUCGUGUAUGAUGAGAAGGUGGACAUGUUCUCCUAUGGCAUGGUGCUGUAUGAGCUGCUGUCUGGGCGGAGGCCCGUGCUGGGACACCACCUGCUUCAGAUAGCAAAGAAGCUCUCCAAAGGCAUCCGUCCAGCGCUGGGAAGUCCAGAGGAGGUUCAGUUCUACUGCCUCCACAGCAUGCUGACUGAAUGCUGGGACACCAAGCCUGAAAAGAGGCCAGUGGCCAUGCAGUGUGUGAGGCAGAUGCAGGAGCCCAGCUUCCCCUGCCUCAGGUAUCUGUUGUCCUGUGGAAACCACUCUCAGCUCUUCCUGUCCCCGCUGCAGGGACACAGCGCUGUGUUCUGGAACGGAGACAAAGAAAACAGGAGCUACAGCGUGGUGAAUGUGGAGAAGGGCCAAGUGGAGGUGAAGAGGAUGUUGUGUGCAGGCAGCAGGAUCAGCUGUCAGAUGAAGAUGGGUAAUGUUCUGUGGAUGGCCACUGAGGAGCAGGAGGUUUUCAUCUACAGUCUGAAGGACAUGUGUCCACUCAGUCAGCCACAGAGACACUUCUCCUGUCCAGCAGUCAUCUCCUGCCUGUUCCCAGUUCCAGCAAGAGAACAGUGCCUGGCCAGAGUGUUUGCGGGGAUGUCUGACGGCCUGGUGGCAGUGUACAGCUUGGUGGAGGACCUUCCUGUGGAGGGGGAGAUCUACCUGUGUGCACACACCCUCAACAAGACGGUGUUUGCUCUGAAGGACUCAGACCCCAGACAGAGACCCUACCCAGUCAGGAGCAUGGUCCUGGUCAGCAGCGGUUCCCAGUUAUGGUUCUCCAACGGUCCAGGCGUGCUGGUCAUUGACUGUCUGAGUCUUCAGGCGGUUCGAAGGCUCGAGCCCUACAACCCGCCCUCCUCCAUCGUAUCCAUGACAACCAGUUUCGUAUUAUGGGGAGAGGAGGCAGUCUGGACCCUGGAUGACCACAUCAACACCUUGCUGCUCUACCACGCUGCCUCCUACCAGCUCUGUGCCAAGUACUGCUGCAGCGACUGCAAUCCUCUUCGGGACGUCUUCACUGUGCAGCGUCCAGCAUGCAUUACUGCAGAGACAACCAAUGACCUCAAAACCCAGGACCAAGAAGAGAAGCCGGAAUGGACUAAUGGAAAAGUGACAUUGAUGUACAGUGAUGAGGCAGGCACUCAGAUCAUCCAGCACCAGGAUUCUCUCACAGACUACUGCUCCAUCUCAUCCAACUGCUCUAUGGAGACUAUGGGCUCUGACUGUUCCAGCACUGCAGGCCUGGCCUCAUCAGCCUGCCACAGCAGCGUGCUAUCAGCUGCAGAUGGGACAGAGAUGAGCAGGGAGCAGGACCAGCAGGUCUCCACCAGCCCAGAGGGUGAUCAGGGCCCUGCAGAGAGCGUGAAGCCCACACUGCGUCUGCUGCAGGCCUUCACUGUGCUGCCAGUCAAUGGAACUCUGUGGAUCCCCAGGCGUGGAGGAGAUAUGUUGGUCAUUGAGAUGCAGUUCCAGGACAGUCAGCUGAGGGGACGUGUCAUUGCUGUCCUCAGUCCACCUGGAUGUUCCUCUUUGGGAAUCCUGGAGGAGGCAGCACUGGUGGCAAAGGACACAGUUGUAUGUGGCUUUCAUAAGGAAAACAUGGAGUGGUGCCUGUGUGUCUGGAGGGGCUGGGGCUGCCACGAGCUGGAAGUCUUCUACCAGUCUUACGAGGAGCUUGGCCGUUUGGAGACCAGCAUGAGGAAAAGAAGGUAGCUGUUGUGCUGCUUCGGCGAGGUGCAGAAUCGCAGCUCUGUAUGGAGGGCGAGCCGAGGGGAAUACACACCGACAGACUGCCAGUGUUCAGAGCAGGGGGCUGCUGAAUACUGAAAUCAGGGCAACGUGAAAGAGGGAGGAGGUCUGCCAUAAGGGCUCAGUCUCCAGCUGUGCACAGUGGUUAGGUCCCCUCACUACAUACUCCAGUACAAAUUAUAAGUUAAGACUUGAUACAUGUGUAUACCCACAGCAGACAUGACAAUUCCUCUCCCUGAGUCACACAUCUAAACUUUACUAAUGCACUGGGGUUUUAAUGUUGGCUACAUUUUCAUAUUUUGCCACUUUGGUAUGACUGGAAUUCAGCUCAACAUGUGGUGGACUGUUUGUUUGUGUCUGAUUUCAGCUGCUGCAGUCCACUGUUUAUUCUGUUCGUCUAUUUCAGCGUCCCUUUAUUUACCUAACGCAGUCUUCAGCAUUGUGGACAGGGCAUUCUUAAAGGACAAAUCUCUUUUUUUAAAAAGGACCUGGUGCUGGGAGCCAGCUGUGUUUUACCAGGAACAGCCGGUUGAAGAUGACACUCAGAACUCAGUGUUCCUCUUAGAACUGUGCCAUAUGAAUGUGCAUGCCAGCAGCAGCUCCCAUCCUGUCACAUCUGGGUCUGUGCUAGAUUAUGCAACAGAGCAGGGGAU